CCGAACACCUCGAUCCCCGAAAGCCUUGAUCCCCCCAAAGCAUCGAUCCCUGGCUCAAGCCAUUUUUGCUCCAGCUGUUUGGCGCGUGCUGUCGCAGACGAGGUUGCGGAGCCUUUCGGCGCCGUCCCAGAUACCUCCCAUUCGCCAUGGCGCCCAGCUCGCGUGCCCUGCUCGUCGCCGGGUUUGCGGCCGUGGCCGCGGCGGAGACCGUGAAGUUUUCCGACUACGACCUUGGGGCAGAGUUCACCAAGUGUGUCAAGAUCUCGGAUUGGAACACGAAGGGAGUCGACGACGAGGUGGAGGUCGCGGAUUACGGCGACGAUGGAUGCUGCCCGACCGAUUACACCCCAGGCGUCGCGCUUGGAUCCAGCACGGAGUACCACAAGGGAGUGGUGAGGUGCGGCUUGAACGAUGAUGGAUCGCGGUCUGGCAUGAGCACGGGCACGACUUGCGAUUACGGCAAAUGCUUCGUGGUAAACCCGGCUUUCACGUGCUCGGACACGGACGGCUCCAAGAUGACCUUGGGCGGCUGCUGUCCGACGACGAGCGACUACGGGGACGACUGUUACGGCUACUCCAAGUCCACCUCGAACAGCGUGGAAUAUUGUUCCACCUACAAGGUCGUAGGCAGCAGCUGGGAGACCCUCGGCUCCUACGCGACGGACGACGACAUCGCGGACGGCGCGCUCGUCUGGGGCACAGCGGUGGGCGGCUCGGGAGUCUACAACUACGGCCUCUGCGGCUCGUCCGGCCAGCGGGCUGCUGCCAGCCUCACCCGGCGCAGCGCCGUCCUUGCUGGCCUCUCUGCGCUUCCUGGCCUCGCCGCGGCAGCGCUGGCGGCGCGCGCGGCGUGAGGCAGCCAUUGCUUUUGAUUUUGUCCGAACCCCUUUGGUUGGGUAUCCGUUUUGAAUGCCGGCCUCGCCCGGCGCAGCGCCGUCCUUGCUGGCCUCUCUGCGCUUCCUGGCCUCGCCGCGGCAGCGCUGGCGGCGCGCGCGGCGUGAGGCAGCCAUUGCUUUUGAUUUUGUCCGAACCCCCUUUGAUUGGGUAUCCGUUUUGAAUACCGGCCUCGCCCGGCGCAGCGCCGUCCUUGCUGGCCUCUCUGCGCUUCCUGGCCUCGCCGCGGCAGCGCUGGCGGCGCGCGCGGCGUGAGGCAGCCAUUGCUUUUGAUUUUGUCCGAACCCCCUUUGGUUGGGUAUCCGUUUUGAAUGCCGGCCUCGCCCGGCGCAGCGCCGUCCUUGCUGGCCUCUCUGCGCUUCCUGGCCUCCCCGCGGCAGUGCUACGGGAUGUGUGAUCACAGGAAGGAGCUCAGGACAACGUGACUGGUGAGUGGUUAGGGGUGCGGAUCGCCGCCGCUGGACUCUUCAGGCUCGCCUGCCUGCCAGAACACCUAUCGUUUGCGGCGUAGCCGCCUGAGGCUGCCUUCGUUCGGGGGCCCAGCGCCGAGAGGAAGCCGUGGCUGGAUGCCGCGGCUCCCAUUAGUUCCGUUUGAACUUUUGCUGAAUGGCUCUGGGUAUUGAGUUGCAUGCAGACGUGCGAGUGCUCGCGCAGGGUUGAGACCCGGUCGGGCGCUGCUGGGUCGAGACCCGCGUGCAUUUUGCCACAUUUUGGCGCGCUCGAGAAGCCCUCGAGCGAUUUCAAGCAGACGCGACUUGUCGACGCCAGGGAAGCAACAACAAAUUAGACUGGCGAAGGACCCAAC